ACCUUUAAUGGAAUAGUAAAGUAGAUGUGCGUAACGUUGAACGUUCGUGUGACGUGCAUUUUCAUCUGAUAACUAAACAAAUAUUACGUCCUGACGUACAAGUUAUAAAUUAAAAGAAAAUGCAAUCGAUCUCCUGUUUCCUUUGUAUAAUUUACGGUAGAGUGGAUUUUUACAACUAUUAAUGUGUUGCAUAUUUUAACCUGCAAAUAGAACAUUGUGUGUAGUUAAUCAUUAAUGUUCGUGUUAUCAGCUGUGGUAAAGCCUGACCGCUACUUUAUCAAUUCAUGGCGUUUUUAUGGUGUCGCUCGCACGUGGUGAUUCCCGCUCAUUCGCCGUCCGGCCCGCGCCGGGUGAUGCAAUGUUUGUCUGACGCCGCUCAGUUUUUCAGAAAAAUUUACAUUAUGAUUAAAAUCGCGACGCUGUAACCACGUGUUCGGAUACUGAGAGAGUUGAUUUGUUUACCGUGAUAAAUUAAACGUUUAAAAUGGCUAAAGUGUCGGCUUCGGAAGGACUGAAACCGAAGGCGAUGGAGGUCGGCGGGGAGUCUGGAGAAGCUGACGGGUCGCGCGAAGGUCUACACUUGAAGAAGGAGUUGGGCCUGAUGAACGGGGUGGCUAUUAUCGUGGGGGUGAUCGUGGGUUCUGGGAUCUUCGUGUCGCCAAAAAUGGCGUUGAAGUAUGCCGGCUCCAAGGGCAUGGCCCUCAUCGUCUGGAUCCUCUCGGGCUUCCUCUCUAUGAUCGGGGCUCUGUGCUACGGAGAGUUAGGAACAAUGAUCCCCAAAUCCGGGGGAGACUACGCUUACAUCAGCGAGGCCUUCGGGCCUCUCCCGGGCUUCCUGUACCUAUGGGUGGCGCUCUUCAUCCUCGUGCCCACGGCCAACGCCAUCACGGCCAUCACCUUCGCAGAGAACAUACUGAAGCCCUUGUGGCCCGUCUGCGACGUUCCCAAGGCCGCCUCCAGCCUUAUAGCUGCAGUCCUUACUUGUUUUCUUACAAUUAUCAACUGCGGUAACGUGAAAUGGGUUACGCGGCUGCAAGACUCGUUCACCGCCGCCAAGGUGCUGGCGCUGCUGCUCAUCUUCUUGGCCAGCUUGGUGCACCUGUUCCACGGCCACACCGAGAACCUCGAGGGCAUGAUGCAAGGAACCAAGACCGGGGCCAGCGAAAUUGCCAUCGCGUUCUACUCGGGCUUGUUCUCGUAUUCCGGAUGGAAUUAUUUAAAUUUCGUGACGGAAGAAUUAAGGGAUCCUUACAAAAACCUCCCCCGUGCCAUCUGCAUAUCGCUGCCCGUCGUGACCGCCGUGUAUGCCCUGACAAACGUGGCAUUCUUCGCCGUCCUCACCAACGCCGAGAUCCUGUCAUCGGACGCCGUGGCCAUCACCUUCAGCGACAAGAUCCUGGGAUCCUGGGGCUGGAUAAUGUCGCUGUUCGUGGCGCUGUGCACGCUUGGCUCGCUGAACGGAGCUAUAUACGCGUCUUCUCGUCUGUUCUUCGUGGGGGCUCGGGACGGAAACUUGCCGUUGGCGAUAUCGCUCAUUGAUGUGAAGAGGUUAACGCCUGUGCCAUCGCUUUUAUUUAUGUGCCUGGUAACGCUAGUGAUCCUGGUGUGGAACGACGUGGAAGCGCUAGUGGUGGUGGUGACCGCUGUCGAGGCGCUCUUCAUACUGUGCAGCGUCACCGGUCUCCUGUGGCUGCGAUACUCCCGCCCUAAGGCCACACGGCCCAUCCGAGUGAGCCUCAUACUUCCCUGCGUCUUCUUUAUUGUCUGCACCUUCCUAGUAAUCCUCUCCUGCUUCGCACACCCGAAGCAACUCGCCAUAGGUCUCUCCUUCACCCUACUCGGCAUACCCGUCUAUUUCAUUUUCAUAAAAUGGCAGAACAAACCACUCUGGUUCCUCAGGGCAGUACACAGCUUUAACACGGCUACUUCUAAACUCUUUCUCUGUUUACCAGAAGACUCGAAAGAAUUAUGAUCAUUCGAAAAACUGACUGUGAGUGUGAUCUAUUUUUUUACGUGCAUUUGUGUUCGUAUUGAACUGUAUUAUUUAUUUUAAGUUAAUGUUGAGCUGUUAUACAAAAAGAUCUGUAGCUACGCUUCUUUAUAUGUUUACUUAGGAUUAAGUAUGUACAUUCCGUCAAUUACAAAUUGACUAAAAUUGCUAAUUCCUGUGCAGUUGUGAACCUAGCAGGUCAUUUUUCAAAUUAGCCUUACUCGUAGAAUUAUGAUCAUUGAUCACAUUUUAAAGCCUGCCUAUAGGUAAGUACCUAUGUAUUAGUUAAGCCGCUUUUAGUUUAAAUACACAUCAGUAAUCUCGUAACGUUUUGGGGGAACACGUUUAAUUACAGGAAUAUAAUGUAGCCAAUAUUAUUUAUAUUUAUUAAUUAGAGUAAUCGACUAGGUAUGUUACGAGUUAAUUUGAUGUGUAUUUAAAAAUAUAACGAAAUAGGUAAGUAACAUAAAUUAUUUAUAUAGUAGGUCCGUUUUCUAAGAUCAAACCUUAAAUUUGCUAUGGCGCACUUGAUCUUAGAAAAACGGGCAGACUAUACAUACCUACUUUAAUAUUACCGAGGCGAAACAAAUGACCAAAUUUUCUUAUCUAUUGUGUUGCCCAAGUUUACUUUUCUACCAGAGCUAAAAUUCGGUACGCUUUAAAUCACAGAACUAGUGUAACCGGCUAGCUAGAGCGGUAAAUGAAAACCAGGUUCUUUGCAGUAAACAAUAAUAAUAUGAAAAUAUGUAAAAUAAAAUAAACUAAUUUCUGUCACUACCUGAACCUAAACCAAAUAAAUAUCGUCACUGGCCUUAACGUUCUUGAAUCCCAUUCUUAGUCGAACCGUACGAUCAACUGUGCCUGCGGGUGCGGGAAUCGGCUUUGGCAACGUAGGCUCCACGCAACAAGGUCCACGGAAAGGAAAGCUUCAGCAGCAAUUAUCCAAAUAAUAAGCAGCAACAGCAAUAAGUAGCUCUUCAAUUUAAAGGUAGAAGAAAGGGCUGGAACAAUCGUAUAUCGUAUGUUCUUAGACUUGUAGUCGAAACCUAACCCAAGCCUUAUUUCGUUACGAGAACCAGUGACGUACAUUACGUACAAAUAAGACUUGGAUUAGGUUUAAUUUCAACAUAAACCUAAACUUAAUGCUAUAUAUACAAUUAUACAAACUUUACCUGCAUUAGUGGCAGCCCUAGUAUUAAACUUUAUCACUAAAUAUAACCAUACAGUCGCAUUAAAAUAAUAAUUACAGAAUUGUGCUAUUCCGACAAUAUUUCCAAAGAAAAAUUUACGAAGGAAAAACAAAAGACGGUGAAACCCUUUUUUAGUUUUUUAUUUCCAACCGGCCAGUGCGCGCGGUGACUGUACAUGCAGGUUUGCCAUGUUACACUAGAAUUUGAAUGUACAUGAGGAAAUGUACACUACUAUUUUUAAUGUACAUUGAACAUAUCUUUGCCUUUGCUCAGUAUCACUCUGACGGUGCUUGGUUUUGAUAUCGCUCUCGUUUUCGGCGUCAACACACCAUACUUACUUAUAAGGUCUAACCUGUAUUUUUAGAAUGCACUGCAUUAUUCUCAUAUAACUAUGAAUGUGCCCACAUAUAAGGGCAUAUAUAUUUUAACCAAUGCCUUUAUAUUUUUAAGUGCCAAUAAAUGUUCUAGCGGGUAAGAAUAAGCAGUUCCAUGAUCACAACCCAGUUCACGUGUGUAAGGCUAUAUGAAAAUUGUCCUAUAACAUUAAAUAAUAUAAAAUACCGUAUGAUUACCUAACUUAUGAAAUAAAUUUACUUGAACAUAA